AUGAAAAUACACACGGAUGUAAAUAGUCAAAUAAUACCGUUUAGUUUUAAUUCUGAAACUCUCCGCUGUGCAGUCUGUACGACUGAGUUCAGUAACUUCAAAAUCCUACAAGAACAUAUGCAUGUACACUUUAGAAAUUUUAUAUGCGAUGUUUGCAACGCGGGGUUUGUAACUAAACGUUUGCUGGUCAGCCACAAGAGAAGGCAUAUAGCCGGCAUUCACAAAUGUAGUCAUUGUGAAAAGAUAUUCAGUUGUGACCAAAAAAGGCGUGAUCAUGAGCAAAGAAUACAUUUAGGUUUGAAAAAGAAGAAUAAAUGCAAGUAUUGUGAGGAGAAAUUCGCGGAUUAUUGGACAAAAGUUGACCAUAUGGUUAAGGAGCACGGUCAACCACAGAUUAUAUUGAAAUGCCAGGCGUGUGAGCGGACUUUUCGGAAUAAGAGGGCUUUGACGCGACACGUGAAGAAAGAUCAUUUGUUGGAGCGAAAACACGCAUGCAAUAUAUGUGAUAUGAAGUUUUUCUUGAAGCACCGUUUAGUUGAUCACAUGAUCGUGCAUACAGGAGUGAAAAAGGUCCAAUGCCACGUCUGUAAUGGGUGGUACGCGUCCAAGAAGUCUUUGAGACAGCAUUUAAGAUCUCACGCGAAUGAUAGAAGAUUUUCUUGUACUGUCUGCGGCCAAGCGUUUGUACAGAAUAGUCAAACACCAAGCACGAAGGAGUCGACAGUAGAGAAUAUGAAAUUAACACUGGACAAACGCGUAAACUUUUCAACAUUCAUUACAAUCAAGCCAUCAAUACAGGCUUCCAAACGAGCAGCGACAAUGGGUCGUCUCACUGAACUAGACUUACACUUUGAUAAUAUAAAAACAAUAUUGAGAUGUUCAAACGCAACGCCGGUUAGAUGCAAAGUCGGCGAUCGGUAUGCUUGUGGUUAUUGUUUGGCUCAAUUUAACAAACCUAAUGAAUUAAAAAGUCACACAUUACUAAUGCAUACUGAAGAUCAACCUGAGGUUUUAAAAAACCGUUCCCUUUGGAAGCACAUAGUUUAUUUGGACAUAACCUCGCUCUUUUGUAAAAACUGCGAUGACAAUUUGGACAAUUUGAAAGAAUUAAUGGAGCAUCUCAAAACCAAACAUGAUGAAGUUAUGCAUUUGCAUAUCAAAAAUCAGGUGGUGCCGUGUAAAUUUGAUGGGGACGAUAUGAAAUGUGGGAAUUGUUUGAUGGCGUUCAAUACGUUCGAUGAUCUCGAAGAUCAUAUGGACGAGAAACACUACAGGAAUUACGUAUGCGAUUUCUGUGAUAAAGGUAAAUCCCGGAAAACAAUCAUUGUGAUGGACAAGAAGUCUUCAAAGCUAGUGAGGAGGGAAAUCAUCGAAAUAAAUCCGCAGCCUGAAACGAAAAUUGUUGUAAAAAAAUUAAACGAAGCACACAAACAUCAGGAGAAUAUUAAACAGAUACUUCUCUAUUCCAACGCGACUCCUAUAAGAUGCCACGGUGGAAUCGGAUACAGAUGCUGUUUCUGUAACGACCAGUACCCAGAGCCGGCAGAUUUAAAAAAACACACCAAAGAGAAACACGACAAAGGCAUCCUCUCCAACUUCAUGAAGAAUCGAUCAAUUAUAACCUAUAUAGUGAAAUUGGACAUCACUAAUUUGAGCUGUAACAUUUGCAAUGAAUCCAUUAAUAAUUUAGAAUCAUUAAUAGACCAUUUACAAACGAAACACGAUAAAUCGCUGAAUAGAAAUUUAAAAAAUCAUAUCGUGCCUUUCAAAUUUGAAAAGGAAAGAUUGCAUUGUGUGGUUUGCAGUAAUGAAUUUAAUAAUUUCAAAGUCUUAUUAGAACAUAUGAAUAUGCAUUAUAGAAACUAUGUUUGCGAGGUAUGCGGCGCGGGUUUUAUUAAUAGAAGGAUGCUCCAAACCCAUGGUUACAGGCACAAAACUGGCGUUUUCAUAUGUUCGUACUGCUCUAAAAUUUUUGAUACCAGAGUCAAGCAGAAGGAACACGAAAGAGCUGUUCAUAUUUGUUUAAAUAAAAGGAAUAAAUGCGGGUACUGUGGAGAAAUGUUUGGGGAUUAUACAAAAAAGAAAGAUCACGAGGUGAAAGUGCACGGGGCGAGACCAGUUGUGCUUAAAUGCCAUGCAUGUAAUAAGUCUUUUGAUAAUCAGAGGUCGCUGACAGUGCAUACAAAAGCAUUCCAUCUGAUGGAGAGAAGGCUGGCCAAAUAA